AUGGGUGGCUUGCGUAUUUGGAUGCCUAAGAAGACUUUCUUUGCUCCUGGCGUCAGCAUCGAAAGACUGGACGCCCGGCUGACAUCUUCACUUUCGUUCACACAUGGUCCGUUAGACCCUCAUUCCGGUAUGUCGGCGGCGCAGCUCCCACAGCUCACGGUGACUCAUCAGAUGCCUGACCGUUCACGAUCACUGGCUGACUUCAUCGAUGGCGAUGACGAUCUCCCCGAGGACUGGAAUACUGAUAGAAGAGGCGUGUUAGACACACUAGACGUGCCAGACCUAGAGAAGCGACUCAAAGAAAUCUAUAACGUCAACUUUCCGAGUGCCAGAGUUCAACGAAGCUAUUCCGCCCCUCCCCUAGGCUCCAACGAGCUUGCAUUCGCGAGCGAGCUGCCGAAUGAUCGUCUUUCCUUCCCUGGUCUUUUACCCUCCGACAACGAGACUGGUGGGAGCAAUGACAGUAAAACGGCUGGCAGCGAUAGCUCCCAAAGGCACAUACCUCGCAAAAUGUCAGCAUGGCUCGGUCAGAUCACUCCGCGGCGGAUCUACAACCAAUUAACAGGACCACAAGCACCUCCGCCUAGACAAGGGAUUAUGUCACGCGCUGCUGGAACACAGGUUGCUCGCCCUCUUGGAGAAUUCCUGCGCGAGGGGUCUGUGGAGAUUGUAGACUUCGUGGGAACAGUCGGAAAAAUAUCAUCUGUGAUCUUAGCUUGUGCCUGGUUCCUCAUAAGGCAUCCAUUACAGCUGUUUGUCGCCGUCUGGGCUGUCACUCAAGGCACCGCAUUAUUGUACACUUUCCUGUAUUACACAGUCAUGGAUAAUUUCUGCGUGCUUAAGCUUCCGCUGGUCAGAAACUACGUAUGUAAAAAUUGGGACUUGGAACAAGAGAAUUAUUCCACCACAUCAGUCGCGCCACAGGAGCUCUCUAAUCCGUUCGAGACUAUCCUCACCAGCAAGGAAUCUACAAUGACCUAUGAAAUGCCUCUCUUCUUGCGGCGCUGGGGAUCGACGAUGGCGGUAUACCGUGCGAGUCUGCCGGAGUCACAACUCCCUCAGAGUUAUGUUGACGCAUUCAACGCAUCGUUCACGCAGUAUAUCGAGAUAAACGAAAAGACUGUCAAGCAGACGCAGGGUUUCGCUGACUCUAUUCUGUAUAUCAUACCCGAGCAUGUUCGCGCGACCAAGGAGCUUGUGCCCCAACUCGACGGCACAGGGAUCACUUCAACGGCAGUUUCCACCCACCAAAACGGCCCUCUCGCUCGAUUCAUGGCUCUCGCACGUUCAACCUAUUUGGAUGCCAUUACCCUCAUGAAAGAUCAUGUCGAGAAGGUGUCGAAGGCAAUUAUCAAGCUCUCCGACAUGAUCACAUCCCUACAGACCUCGCUUGGAGCACUCGGAGUAAUCUCCGAGCGAAUCGAAACUUUGGGCUCUGAAGUUGCUCAAUCCGACAAAAGACUGAACCAGCAGCUUCGCGGAAAACCAUGGAAGUGGAUUGGCUACCAGCUCAGCGGGGAUGUCCUGAGCGGCUGGGAGAUCGAUGAACGUGGACGCUGGAUGGAACCGAAGCGGAAGAUUUUUAGAGACAGCAUGAGGUGGUUAAGAGACGCGCAGUCAGAGCUCGAUACAGCCUUGAUUGCUUGCAAUAACCUCAAGACCCGCUUGACCGAAGAAUCGGCUCGCUCUCGUCGUGGCGGGUCUGUUCCGGAAUGGUUGAAGAAGCAGGCUCUGAUCUUGACGGAGGGAGUCGACGACCUCGAGACCAAGCUGAAAAAUUUCCACACAGAGCAAAUGAGAUUCACAGACGAGCUGUUCAAAGCAAGCACGAUAAGAUAA